AUGGGAAAAACAAUUAAGACCACACGUUCCAGGAGCGUGAAGAUUAAGGUGGUGAGGAGGUGUAUCGUUGGCCCUGCAAAGGUUUCUUACCUUAGUCAAGGUCUUCCCCAGCCCAACUCCAAACAGACCGACCCGACUAUUACAUCUCAACAGGCUGAACCCGAUGAUGUGGCACCGAGCUGUAGUUCUUGUUCUGAGAGUGCAUACAGUAAGGCAAAGAAGAGAGAGCUACAUGCCUGGGAUGCAGUCAAGGAUGACAUGCUUAAGGUGUCAUUUGAAUGUUCAGCACCAAUCGCUACCCAGUGUGUUGUCUGUCUAGAACAUGCUGAUUACAGGUGCAUUGAGUGCAGCAGCACUGCAGUGUUUUGUGAGGGUUGUCUGAAGAGGACUCACAGAAAUUCACUGCAUCUUUCUGAUAAGUGGAAUAAUGUCUACUAUGAGCCAUCCUCCCUGGGGUUAUUCCUAUAUUUACCUGAAGGCCAUAGCACCCAUGCUGUGUACACAAAGGACAUGAAGGUCAUUGUCAGCACAGGACGGCUCUGCACCGUCACAGUCAAUAUGUGUGCAUGUGAACCAGAAACCUGUACUUUGCUCAGGUAUGGUCUCUGGCCGGCAACAGCCGACAAGCCCCACACAGCCUUCUCCAUACCUCUGCUAGAGCUUUUUGUUUGUCUGUCACUGGAGUGUCAGGUUUCUGUUGAGGGUUUUUGCAACACCCUGCGCUGGAAAAACAACCUCACACUUGCAGAGGUUAACACACUCUACAGAGCCCUGGUGGGAGAAUCCAUAUCCCAUUUUAGGCAUCACCACUUCCGACAAAGAAGUUUGGUAGAUAUUUGCCCACAAUUAGAUGAUGGGACCAUAUGCCCAGCAUGCCCAAAGGCGGAUGGGGAUAUGAUUGUUACAUUGGAUGCCAACUUUGGCCUUGUGAGGAAGCACAGCUCAGGUACAAGUGCGGUUGAGCCAUUACACGGAACCCGCAUGUUUGUUAAUGAAAAGGAUGUAGAGGAAUACCUGCUAUCACAUCUUGACAGCUCAAAGCCUCACGAGGACUGCAGUAACUUCAAGGCUGGCAACGUGCUGAGGUCACAAAAACAAGCAAAUAAACUUGAUGUUACAGGAGUGUUUGGAGCCUCUUGUCGUCAUGAAAUGCCCCUAAUGUUUGUCAACAUGAGCCAAGGAGAACGAUUAGCCUAUCCCCUGUAUGUCAUCGAUGAGCUACUUCGAAGAUGUGAGGACAAGAACAUACACCUGCGAGUAGUCUAUGACAUUGCCUGUGUUGUUGCCUCACAUUUGCAUAUCAAGUACAGCACUAGGCGGCUCGAUGGGUUUGGACUCACAGACGGGGAAGGAAUGGAAAGGCUGUGGUCUUUUCUCCGAAGAUUUGCCAGAGUCACAAAGGAGAUGACUCCAUCUCACCGCCUCGAUCUGUUGACUGAUGCCCUUUUGCAUUAUGGACGGAGGAAAUCAACUGACCUAGAGAUGCAGCUCCUGCAAAGACUAGACAGAGCAGAGAAAAUAUCAAUUCUCGCUCAAGAAGACAUCUCAUCUGUCAUCAGAGACGCACCAGUGUUGGUUUCUGAGGGAGACAUGGAGAAAUGGAAGAAAAGAGAGAUGGAGCUAGCCCAUCAGAAACAGAGACCAAUAAACACUGUCUGUAAAUGGAAAAGGGACUACAUCAUCCAGCUGAUUCAGUUCUACAAGUUCAAAUCUGGGACUCGUGAGUCGUACAUGGAGUGUGAAACAGAAAUUGAGGACUCUCUGCUGAACAUAGAGAAAAAACACCGGAUUGGGAGAAGAUGGCAAGAAUCUGACUCAGACUUCCAGUCUACCCUUAAAGAUGUUGACUGUGAGCUCAGAGGACAACUAAUCUUCAAAGCUAGAACCGAAUCAAGGGAGAGAACAGUCCUCCUCCAUCUGAAAAGAAAAUAUCCAGAUGGGCAGGGCAUUGCCAUUAGACUUUCCAAGCAGAUUGCCAGCUCCAACAAGAGACUGAGACAGGCAAUAAAAGAAUACAACUGCAUUCAGUGGCCACCACAGAUGAGCAUCUUCCCUACAAUAAUUGAUUUUCAGGAAGCAUGUGAUCCCUCUUGGCAAGUCUACUUCUGCUUUGAUGACACUAUUGAAGAAGAUAAUGUUUCGAGGACUCUAAAAAGGCGAGGGAUUGAUGCCUUACAUAUGAAGACUCGGGCAGCUGAGGAAAAGCGCAUGCUUUAUCAGGAAAUGAGAACUGUAAUUGAACACCUCCAUCAGCAGCAUGCCUUUCUGUGCUCUGCCAUCAAAGACACAGAUCAGCCUGGUGCAAAAGCUGCGCUCACCCAACGUCUCCAUCAGCUGGAAAGAAAACGAUAUCAAGCCACUGUGAUGUUUCACCCACAUGUACCAGACAUUGUUCCUGUAGACAACUCCUACUUGUGUCAGGCCCUCCCCAUGUCAAGCAUACAGACACUAGUAUACAAUGAUGAUGGUGAUAAUGAGGAUGACACUGAGGAUGACCAUGAUAACUAGGAAUGUAAUCACUGGUAUGACAGGACAGGGCCUGUAUUUACAAAGUUCACAAAGACGUGUUGUUUUAAUAGGUCUGAUCUAUUUUAAAGCUUAGGUACUAUAUUUAAGCACAUAUUGCCACUAGUAUAUGAGUACAAAAUUGUGUGUUUACCAUAUUGUGAUAUUACUUAUUUAUUGUAAUGUACAAAUGUGGUUAUGUGUGAGAGCUUUGUUUUCUUUUUAGUGAGCUCACCAAACCAAAUCCCCUUCAACUGAGUUGAAAUGACAAUAAAGUAUGGAAUCUU